GAUCACAACCCUGCCCGCUUUCAUCUGCAUAUACAAACCCUAGCGAUUCAUUUUUUUUUCUCUGAAAUUGCAUCUCUUCUGAGUUCAGCAAACCGUAAAAAUGCCGAGUCUAGUCGGAAAUGGGUACUCUGAAUUAUACAGUGGUUCUGAUUUUGCUGGCAGAAACGAAAACAAAGAGAAGAAAUCUGCGAAGGUGGAGAAACCUGACGAGAUUCGAUCAAAAGGAUAUUCUACACCCCAGAAAAGGCGAUUGAGAUCCGCAACUAACCAUGACAGUCCAGUCUCAAUUCCUUCCAAGCCCUGUUCGCCGGAUAAAUGGAAAUCGCCUCGUAGAUGCAUCAAAAGCAGCCCAAAUAGUGUUUCAAAUGAAAAUUGCAAAGAAUCUGGUAAUAAGCUAGUCAAAUUACACAAAACUGGCAAAGGGUCUGAUAAUAAGCUCGCCGAAUCACCCAAAGCUGGACAAGAAUCCGGCGACAAGCUUGCUGGAUCACCCAAAUCCACUAGGAGAAGAUUGUAUGAUAGUCUUCCUCAGAAACCAAUAUGGAAUCCCAAAGAUUCUGAGCAGAUGAGUGCCGUGAAAAAAGCAUUGCAUGUAUCAACAACACCUUGUGCUAUCGUGUGCCGGGAGGAGGAACAGAAAAGGAUAUUGGAUUUCUGCAAAUCAUGCAUAGAUCAGAAGAAAGCUGGGAAUUUAUAUAUCUCUGGGUGUCCAGGGACGGGAAAAACAUUAUCAAUAAACAAAGUUAAAGAGCUACUGGUUGAAUGGGCAAAAGAGGCAGGAUUUCAACCACCAGAUGUAUUGGGUAUAAAUUGUACUUCUCUUUCAUACACAAAUGAAAUUUUCCUUAGGAUAUUUGAAAAGCUUCAUCCUCGGAAGAAAAUAAAUGGGAUUUCACCACUUCAGCACCUCCAGAGAUUGUUUUCUCAAAAGCAGUCAUCCUGUGAAAAAAUGAUGCUGUUAAUUGUUGAUGAGUUGGAUUAUUUAAUAACCAGAGAUCGUACUGUGCUUCAUGAUCUUUUCAUGCUUGCAACUCUUCCAUCUUCCAAUUGCAUUUUAAUAGGAAUAGCAAAUGCUAUAGACCUGGCUGAUCGCUUUCUGCCAAAGCUUCAACCAUUGAAUUGUGAAAUCAUACUUAUAACUUUUCGGGCCUACUCUAAGGAUCAGAUCCUCAGGAUUCUUCAACAAAGACUCACGGCUCUUCCAUAUGAUGUCUUUCAACCUCAAGCAUUGGAGCUUUGUGCAAGAAGAGUUGCAGCUGCAUCUGGAGAUAUGAGGAAAGCUCUCUGUGUUUGUAGGAAUGCGAUUGAGAUGCUAGAAGAAGAGUUGAAAAAUCAAAGUGGUAGUACAAGCUUGUUACAGGCUGAGCAGGCAUCACCUGGUCAACUGAUAUCUCCCGUAGCAGAAUUGUUGAAGCAAGAAAUUAACAUUGUGAGGGUUGAUGAUAUGGCCAUUGCUUUAUCAAGGACAUUCAAGUCAGCAAUAGUGGACACUAUACAGUCUCUUCCACAGCAUCAACAGAUGAUACUUUGCUCUUUGGUGAAGCUUUUCCGCAAGGGAAAGAAAGACACUACCAUUGGAGACCUUAAUAAAUCUUACUCCGAGAUCUGUAAAUCAGCACUAAUCCCCCCUACGGGCAUUCUGGAAUUCUCAAAUAUGUGUAGAGUGCUCAGUGACCAGGGUCUUCUCAAACUUGGCCAAUCUCGAGAGGAUAGAUUAAGGAGAGUAACAUUAAAAAUUGAUGAAACAGAUAUUACUUUUGCCUUGCAGGGGAUACGAUUCUUUCGGAAUUGUCUUCACUAAUGCGUAGCAAUCUAGCAUACAAGCAGUGGACGUUCUCAACUGAACAAGGGUUCGAGCAGUGGUUGUUCCCCAAAAAAUUCAAAUGUUCUUCAGUAUUCAUGUAUAAUAUAAAAGGUUUCCUAAUUGUUGUGUAUUAUAGUUAUCAUUCAUUGCUUAUUAAAUGAAAUUUACAUUUUCCAUCAUGGAAAUAUGUAGCCUUUGAAUUUCAAAGUUGCUUUCUGGUGAC